CCCAAGCCCUCUCUGUCCGUCUCCUCUGGUAGGCUCCACAAUGGUACAGGCAGCCUCCCGCUGCACAAUGGUUUCCAGGCAGUGAGAGAGUGAUUCAGCAAGCCACUCUUCUCGUCCAACCGCCCGACUCUUUUUAUUUUUAUGGGAGUGGGUGGUGCUUCAUAUAUUAUAUGCUUACCUGUUUUUUUUCUAUUUUCGUUUUUACAAAUUUCCUUUCUCUUCCUCACUCCUCAAUUCCCAGGGGCUUGAGUGAACUAAAGAUCGGGUCUUCUUGGAAAUCACCUGUCUGUUAUUAUUUUUAAACAAUUUCCACACCUCCAAAGACUCUCCUCCUUAUUCCGGUUUGGAAUGUGGCUAAUGAAAACCCAGUAGGGAGGAUUUCUGAGGCAAGCAUCCGGACCAAGAUCCUAGUUCUCAGGCACGGAAUGGCUAGUGUGAGAACACCACCGGCAGGACCCUCUCAGAUCCUGGUUAUGGCAACUCACACAAGAAGCUGUUGAAUUAGAUCCCUUUCCUAUAGAUGAGAAACCACACAAGCAGUGGUAUUUAUGAGCCUCCAUUUCUUGUACUACUGCAGUGAACCAACCUUGGAUGUGAAAAUCGCCUUUUGCCAGGGAUUCGAUAAACACGUGGAUGUGUCAUAUAUUGCCAAACAUUACAACAUGAGCAAAAGCAAAGUAGACAACCAGUUCUACAGUGUGGAAGUAGGAGACUCGACCUUCACCGUUCUCAAGCGCUACCAGAACCUGAAGCCGAUUGGCUCUGGGGCUCAGGGAAUAGUUUGUGCUGCAUACGAUGCUGUCCUCGACAGAAAUGUGGCCAUUAAGAAGCUCAGCCGACCCUUCCAGAACCAAACUCACGCCAAGAGGGCUUACCGGGAGCUGGUCCUCAUGAAGUGUGUGAACCAUAAAAAUAUUAUUAGCUUAUUAAAUGUUUUCACACCCCAGAAGACGCUGGAGGAGUUCCAAGACGUUUACCUAGUGAUGGAACUGAUGGAUGCCAACUUGUGUCAGGUGAUUCAAAUGGAAUUGGACCAUGAGCGGAUGUCUUAUUUGCUGUACCAGAUGUUGUGUGGCAUCAAGCAUCUCCACUCUGCUGGAAUUAUCCACAGGGACUUAAAACCCAGUAACAUUGUGGUCAGGUCUGAUUGCACUCUGAAAAUUCUUGACUUCGGACUGGCCAGGACGGCAGGCACAAGCUUUAUGAUGACUCCGUAUGUGGUGACACGAUACUACAGAGCCCCCGAGGUCAUCCUGGGAAUGGGCUACAAGGAGAACGUGGAUAUAUGGUCUGUGGGAUGCAUCAUGGGAGAAAUGGUUCGCCACAAAAUCCUCUUUCCCGGAAGGGACUAUAUUGACCAGUGGAACAAAGUCAUCGAGCAGCUAGGAACUCCAUGUCCAGAAUUUAUGAAGAAAUUGCAGCCUACAGUCAGAAACUAUGUUGAGAACCGGCCCAAGUAUGCUGGACUCACCUUCCCCAAGCUGUUUCCAGACUCCCUUUUCCCAGCGGACUCUGAGCACAAUAAACUCAAAGCCAGCCAAGCCAGGGAUUUAUUGUCAAAGAUGUUAGUGAUCGACCCGGCUAAGAGGAUAUCGGUGGAUGACGCCUUACAGCAUCCCUACAUCAACGUUUGGUAUGACCCAGCUGAAGUGGAGGCGCCUCCUCCUCAGAUAUAUGAUAAACAGCUGGAUGAGAGGGAGCACACCAUUGAAGAAUGGAAAGAACUUAUCUACAAGGAAGUAAUGAACUCAGAAGAAAAGACUAAAAAUGGCGUAGUGAAAGGACAGCCCUCUCCUUCAGGUGCAGCAGUGAACAGCAGUGAGAGUCUCCCUCCAUCCUCGUCUGUCAACGACAUCUCCUCCAUGUCCACCGACCAGACCCUUGCAUCGGACACUGACAGCAGCCUGGAAGCCUCGGCAGGACCCCUGGGUUGUUGCAGGUGACUAGCCGCCUGCCUGCGAAACCCAGCGUUCUUCAGGAGAUGACGUGAUAGAACACAGCACACAUGCACAUUGCACACACACACACAGUUUGCACACACAUAUGCAUACACAAAGACACUCUCACACAUGCACAAAAACAUACACGCGAUGUCAAGAAAAUAGCAAGAGAGAGAUCCAACCUAAAAUUAAGAUAAAUCUUUCUGCCUGCUUCUCCAAAGUUCUGUAUUACAGCUAAGCCGAAAUGUAUACUUCUAGUUGCUCUUGCUUUGGUCUCCUUCAACAGUGCUUACUACACAAAAUAAAUCAGACACAAUUAGAGAAGCCUUUUCCCCAAAGUGUAAUUUAAAUGGCUGCGAAACCAGCAACCCGUUAGUGCCCUUCAAAUGGCAUGACAAGGUGUGCAGUGGCCCCAUCCAGCAUGUGUGUGUCUCUAUCUUGCAUCUACCUGCUCCUCUUGGCCUAGUCAGAUGGAUGUAGAUACAGAUCCGCAUGUGUCUGUAUUCACACAGCACUACUUAGAGAUGCUCCUGUCAGUGUCCUCAGGGCUCUACCAAGACACCAUGCACUGGGGUACCACAUGGUCCAUUUCAUGUGAUCUAUUACUCUGACAUAAAUCCAUCUGUAAUAUAUUGCCAGUAUAUAAGCUGUUUAGUUUGUUAAUUGAUUAAGCUGUAUGUCUGAUAAGAAAAUAUGUAAAGGGGGAACAUGGGGGAGUGAACUCUCAGACCCUUGAAGAUGUAGCUUCCAAAUCUGAACCGAUUAAAUGGCACCUGUAUACCAAUUUGUAGAAAGAACAUAUGUGAUGCUUACGUACAGUGUGGGGGGAGGGAGGGAGCAAUAGCUUUCAGGAUUUAAAUAGCUUGGUCUUUAGAAGGACUAUGUGAGUCAAAGUCAAGGGUGCUUUCUCUGGCGGUGGAUACGUAGCAGGGACUAGAGCACAGUGUAGUCUGUGCUCUGUUUUGCUGCCGUAUAGACUAUGGACGAAAGGAAAUUGCUGCCUGGAUACUGGGAGACACCAACAUCCAUGUUUUAAAGAUUGGACACCAUUUGUCUUUUUAAAAUGUGUCAAAAUAUGUCUUUUGAAUGAUGUGUCAAAAGAGAAAGCUGCUGGAGAAAGGGGAAGGUGACGAGGCCGCGCCGUUGUCCACACAUCCAUGGUAAAAGCCCUUGCCUGAAACACGCUGGAAUCACCUCCAUGUGAUCUCCUUCAGAGAAGAUAGCUCUGCCUAGACAAAUUUGAGAUUGUAGGGUAUGUUUUCCACGUGUGGGGUGCUUUCCCAGAGUCAUCACCUGCCAAUAUUUUCAUUUCCUCUUCUGGAAUAGAAUAGAAUAAAAUGGAAUCCCCAAAGCACAGAGAGAUCUUCAGGACAGCAUCUAUAAGCAUCUUCAUGGAUAUUAUUGUCCCUCAGAAGGGUUGUCCCUCAGGGGGGUUUCCCUGACUCCUUGAUACGACUGAUGUUUCGUACUUACUGAUUUAUUUUCGUAGAUGUGUGUAAUCUGAGAAGGGCUGAUAGUCUGACUUUUGUAUUGCAGUAGAUAGAUGAGAGCAAUAAUGCCGUGCCAACACAGCUCCUACUAGCUAGCAUUAGCAAUGACUUUGUCUUAAAGCCAUGAGACGUUAGUGUGUUUAGAAAAAUCAUCUGAAUUUAGCUUAAACCCACAGAAGACCCUGUCCGAGCACUCACGGAGGCACUGUGAACCAUCUUGGUUAUGUACAAGGCAAUGCCGGUGCGGCUUCUGAGCAAUAACAGGCACCAGGCCCGGCUUCCCUUCUUCCUUCCCAGGGUGAAGCAUCUACCACAGCUAUUUGCACUCUGGCUAUUUUGGUGCUCACCCCUGUGGUGAUAUUUCACCUGAAGAAGAAGUGAAACACGUGAGUAGAUGAACGUGAUCGGCCUGGCCAAGGGAAAACCCUCAAGUGUACAGAGUAAACAGCAAUGCCAGAGUUCUGCAAACUGCCUUAAAAACAACACCAGGGAAGCUCUUCUCCUUUCAAGCAAUAGAGUCGUUAGUAACCUCAGCGGCCCAGCCCCUCCCUCCCUGCCACACACUGCAGUGAGGCUGAUCCUGGAAUUGCUUCCCACUGCGUGGUUCUUUGCAAGCUGUGGUACUGAAAAGGGAGAGGAGGGGGAGGGGGGAGGGAGGGAGCUCUCCUCUAUCCUCCUCUCUUGAUCUUCUCCUAUCAAGAUCUCCUAUCUUGAGAUCUCCUCUGCAGCUCAUCCCCUGGAAUAAAGGUAUCUCAGUCUAUCCUUUUCCCAUUCUUUUUGGUUAAUACUGCAAGCAAACCGAUCUUUAUAAAUACUGACUCAUUCUCACAAGUUCUCUCAUUUUUCUUUCUGUCAUCUUUUUUUUUCCUUUUAAAAACUUACCCAUCUCCCUACUCUUCUCUUUCUUUGUACUUUGCUUUUGUGUCUGUGAUCUCUGUACCCCUCCAUUCUGUAUCAGACCAGAUUAAUGCAAAGAACAGACAAUGGUUCAAUGGCUUGAAACAAACAAGUAUUGAAGGGGAUUCCAUUAGGCACAAGAUGGUAAUAACAUACAGGCAGGGUUCUCAGCAGAAUGUCAGGAGAGCUGACCAGUUUCCCAGGUAGAGGAAGCAGACAACACAGAUCACCUUCCCACCUCUGCAGGUUGGCCUGGAGGUGCUACUAGUCUGUCUCCUGGUGUAUAGCAUUGCCCUGCUGGGGACCCUUGGCCAGAGAUUCCCCUGUGGACAAGAAAGUAGGAAAGAAAACACUUGGGUUUUAAAUAGCACAUCCACGUAGAGAUGAGGGCUUGGCUUCUGGACUUCAUGAAGGAUUGGUUUUAGUUGAUCAAAGAGGAUAGAUGGGAGGUGUAACAACAAAGAGAAUCACCAUGGUGAAAGUUUCCCUUUCACAGCCAGGACCCCCUUUGGGUCUCUCCUUUGGUGGUGGUUAUACUCUGAGAAAGUCUGCAGUAUACAAUGAGCCCUCUUCUGGGUCUUCUUAGUAAAAACAAACAAACAAACAUGUAAGCAGAAAAAGCAAACAUUUAUUUUAUGUGGCCACCUGUUACUACCAAGGGUGUUCUUACUUUGGGAGCAGGGAACUGUUCUGAGACCUGGACUGUGUGUGUGGAAGAAUUGAAGGAGCUACAUGUGUUCAUAUUGCAACAUAAAGUUAGCAUUCUUAGGACUAGAACAUCUGUACUUUUAUAGGCAACUGGUUACGCAGUGGUCCUUACUACGUUCCCUGGUGUUCUGUAGAAAGGGCAGGUGUGGACCCCUGAACAGGAAGAAUUAAAUUGCUACCAUGUUACCUAUUUCUUUGCUACUUUAGGGUGUCUUUGGUGGGUCAGUGUACUCAUUUUUCCAGUGGGAUACAUUGGCCUUAUAGCACAAUUGUUUCUUGUCCAAUAAAGAUUGAAAAUAGUACGUCAUCUUUCAGAAUCUAAUGUAGAGCUUCAUGGGUCUGGGUCCCACAGCUGGACCAGGACUUGGCUAAGUCCUAGCAGUUGGAGGAAACUUAUUUAAUUGAUGGCUCAGGGGUAGUGUGGCUUUUCUCAGUCCACUAUCCCUUUCAGAACAAAUGUUGUGUAAAGAUACUGCUAACAAAAGACUAGCAAAUGAAAAACUUGGUCAUGGAACACAGAACAAAUGGAAGGCAUGAAAAUGCAUAAGUCCUUCCAUGAUCUGUCAGGGAAAAAUUAAUAAAUCUAAUUUUACAGCUCUUUAACAUUUGUUGUAGAGCCCGGGUUAUACAGAAUCCAUUUCUGUUUCAUUUUUGUAGCAAGAAAGAAUCUAUGUCUGAGAGGCAUCAGCUGGCUUUGCUGAAAGAGUUAACCUCCAUGGUUCAGAGAGAGGAGAGAAGACUUCUUGGGGAACUUUGAUCCCAAUUCCUUGGGUCUAAAGAGAAAUCCCUCCCACUACUGUAGCAUGCCUACCCUCAUAGACACAUACACCACAUUUUAAUACCAAGAGGCCGACUUUUCUACACGUAUUGUUAGAUAAGGCAGUCUAUUUGAAAAGAAAACAAAACAACUAAACAAACUAAAAAUUUAUAAUGUAAAUAACCAAGUCAGUUAUUUUCCUUGUGAUUAAAAUAUAAAUUUUAUUUCUUUGGUCACCCAAACAUGUCUUGUUAGUUCACUUUGACUCAUUUCUUUGGUCAAAGCAAAGUUGAAGACAUUUUUUAAUAUGUGAACCCCUAUUUAUUUAAUUCUUGAUCAUGUGGGACCAAUGGCCAGUAUAUCCCAGUAGAAACAAAUAUCCCAGCCCUUAUCUGCCAUCACUUGUCCAUCUUGCCAUGUCCAUCUUGCAGUGAGACCUCCCCGGCAUCUGCUUGUUAUUUUGCAUGAUUGGACUCCAAGAUCCAUAACUGAUAAAGAGAAUUGUCCUAUAUCAGUGUUUAUGAAGUGUAUCUACAGCACACAUGUACACACACAUGUUCACAUAGGCCCAUAUACUUGUUCACAUAUGCCCAUAUAGUUCUCUAUCAAUCUGGAAGCCAAAAUCACAUAUGUCCAGUUUCUUUGGCAAGUCUCAGAGGUGAGACCUGUUGUCAGUAGCCUGGCAGGUUUGAUGUGUUCUCGGUGGUAUCUAAUAUGGAUCAAAAUGAUUCAGUCCAUUCCUGUGUUCUUUCUCGUGUUCUUUCAUUUCCAUUUUUUCCCUCUUAUUUUAAAUAUGUCUGUGGAAAAGAGCACAAUUUGGGGGACUCUGACAUCUUUUGACUCUUCACAGGUGGAAUCAAGUCAACAUAUUGUGAUUUGUAUGUCUUAUGAAUUAUUAAACCUGGAGGAAGUAUGCUCGCUUCUCAUAAAACCAAAUGAAACCUGGACUCUGUCAGACUUUCCUUUUGGCAAUGUUUAUUGUUUGUGCUGCUUUGGUUCCAUGCACUGCCGGAGCCAUAAAGGGCUUCCAUGACUUCCUCUGACCCCGGUGAACGAGACUUGCAGUGUGGCCAGAUUGUACCAGAGAGUGAAUAAGAGGGAAGAGAUGGCCUCCUUCUCAGCCUAGACCCGGGUCUCCCUGUAGAGUGGUGUGUUUGUGCUUGAGAUUCAUUUCUUCAAGAAAGGCCUCUGUUUCCAUCUGCAGAUACGAGUUUCAUGCCUACAUUUCAGUAGUAACCAAUAAGAUAAUAAUGGACAAACCUCAUUGGUAAGAAGAUCAGGACUACAUUUUUUUCAGAUUAAUCAACAAAAUUCCCAAUUUUAAUUUUGUCUGAGAGAUUUAUUUUGUCAACACUGUUAUCUCAGACUGCUUGUUGAAUUUAAGGAUAUGAAUUACAGCUUGGUGGAGUUCACUGAACUUGUCAUGGUUCACCUGGUGGUGCCUGAACAAUGUUGAAGAGUGGCCUGUAUAUUUCUGGGAACAAUACAUUUUAUUUAUUCAGUUAAUAGAAGGUUGAAAGGUAGACAUUCCCAUUAUUACACUUUGUCUUUUAUUUAAGGAAAAUAAGACGUGAAACACAUUUUGAUACCUCUGCAAUGACCUUAUUCUAAUGAUUUUCUAAUUAUUUUAAUUUAUUCUUUUUCCUUCUUUUAUUUGAGGGGACGAUAUAUGGAGGUCUCUUACUAAGUAGGCCAGAUAGUCUUGGUACUGUCAAUCCCCCUGCCUCAGAUUCCAAGCUUGUACAAGAAUGCCUGGCUGCCUAUCCUGACUUCAACCACAACUCUUUACUUUCCCUUUAAAAAAAAAAUUAAAAUGACCGAGCAUAAAUAUCUAAAAAUAUCCAUAAGAUUAAAAAGAACAAAUUCAUUCUUCAUGAUGGUUGGCCAAAGAGGGCAAAUAAUUUGUACAUUGUAGGCACCAUAAAACAUUACCAUAUAUGUGCUCAUUUUGAUAAAGUUUGCUAUGAGGCAAGAUAAAGGCUAUUGAGCGUUAUUUUCUUGAAAGGACUAGUGGAAAACCCAACCUAGAAGGAUGAAUCUACUUGCUCAAUAAUAGAAGUGAUUGUAAAGAAAGUAAAGGAUUUUUUCCCUACCAACUAACUCAGCAGUCUUUGUUGUGUUUUACACAUGUAGCCUACGCCUUGCAGUCUCCCACCUCCCCAACACACAAUACUUUGACAGGCAAUGCCCAGAAGACCUGUGCAAAUAGUGUAUACAGGGUGUCCAAUUGUCUCAGGUCUGCUCAUGCCUGGCACCUCUGUAUGUCAUGAGCAUUUCCCUUUCAGUUCCAGAUGGAGUUUCAUAGCAUCUAAAAUCACUGAAAUGUGCUACAGAAAUGUACACUUCUCAAACACAUAAAGUGUAAAGAAACAAACUAACAAGAAUCAAACAACCCUGCCAACCCCACCCCCUUCUGUCAAAUAUUUCCUUUAAAAGGGGGAUGUUUUUGGUGUGUAAAAUUCAAGACUAAAUAAAUCCAAACUGCAAUGUAGAGGAUCCAAGUUUACUCAGUACAGUGGGGAGUUCUGGGAACUGUCUUUCACUCCACCUUGCUUAAAGUCUUUCUGUUCAAACAAUAGUCUAUAUUGUUUGCCUCUCAAAAGCGUGUGUUCGGUGUCUUUAUCUUAUACACCCUCUUUGGUCUGCUUAGAAGACUGGGUCAUACAUUAUGUGCUUUCUACUAAAAACAUCAAAGUCCAUGUUCAUGAAAGUAUCAUCUACAAACAAUUAUUCAGAAAAUAAAAUUUUACAAUGCAAAUAGCAUUUCACACAGUUGAAGGAACUAAUGAUUUUAAACAAUUCCUUUAUAAAAGGAAGACACUUGGGAGCAGUUGCAAGCUCCUUAGUGGAUUGGUGACUGGGAUUAGCAUAAAUUAAUCUCUAAGAAGGUUACUUUGAAUUUCUAGUUUAAUUUCUGAGCUACAUUCUAAAGUAUUUAAUCAGUCCAUGUCAAACACAUUUAUUAAAUGGUUCGGGGUAGAAGACAAAUGUAUUACGAUUCUUAUCCUAAAAAAUGCAGCCAAUAAAUCAAUGUCUAAAAUAAAUGGUCAAUGCAAAA